GGGCGCGAGGAGCGGGUCGCUAGUCGGCGGCGGGGGCGGCGGGAGGUUCUGGUCCUCGGCGGCAGCGCCUUCCAAUGUGGGAACGAUAGCCAUCGCCGUGACGGCCAUGGCCGGCCUCGCCUUGGCCGCCACCCUCGUCUACUCUCGUAGGUAGAGAUACGCCGAAUCCCGAAAUCGCGAUUCUCGAGAACGGAGGGUGAAAACUAGCGCGCUCGAUUCCGUUCUUCUCGUCGAAAUCAGAACCCUAGGGAAUAAAGCCCUUUUCGUUGGUAGAUUGAUUGAUUGAUAGGUAAAAACUAGAAGGUCCAGAUGCUCACUCAACAGAAACAGCCUUUAAUGAAAUCCUUUCGGCGAAGUAACACUUCGUCUUCGCCGUCGUCGGCGUCCAAUUCCUCUUCGCCGCCAAAUUCCACAGCUGCGGCGUCGUCGUCGUCGUCGUCUUCAUCGUGGAUUCAUCUGCGAUCGGUCUUGUUAGUCGUCGCUUCCUCAUCGUCCUCACCAGCUCCUUCUAGCCGGGGUAGUCUUAAAUCCCCAUGGUCACGGAGAAGAAGAAAACAUGCGCUGUUGCCGAAGCAAUGGAAGAGCUUAUUUACACCUGAUGGAAAACUUUCUGAUGGUGGAGUCAAAUUUCUGAAAAAAGUGCGGAGUGGAGGUAUUGAUCCAAGUAUUAGAGCAGAGGUUUGGCCGUUUCUCCUUGGAGUGUAUGACAUUAACAGUUCCAAGGAAGAAAGGGAUUCUCUUAGAAGUCAAAAUAGAAAACAAUAUGAGAGUUUACGGAAACAGUGUCAGCAAAUCCUCAGCCGCAGUGAGAAGAGUUUAAUGUCAAAGGAAAGUGCUGGAGACAGCUGUAAUGAAGGCAGUGGGGAUUUCAGUCAAGUUCUGGAUUCUGCCAUGGAUGAUGAUGUAAGUUCGAGGAGAUCACCUUGCGUGGAGGGGGAUGGCACUGGCACUUAUGUUGAUGGCACAGUCAGUCCUAUGAGCGAUGGGGUCUCUCAGUCCUCCAAUUUGAUUGCAGAAGGAGACACGAAAAGCAGUCCUGAUCAGGUCAUUCAAUCCUCUCAUACCAUUCUGGAAGGAGACUCACAGAAGAAGAAUGGAGAUCAGGUCAUUCAAUCAUUCAGUGCAACUGUUAAAGGACAUAAUAAUAUGGAAAAGAAUGGAGAUCAGGUGAUUCAAUCCUCAGGUAUGACUAUAAAAGGAGGUAGCGAUAAGAGUGGACUUCAGAUCCCUCAAUCCUCCACUGCAAUAUCAGAAGGAGAUUUGCAGAAUGCAAAUAGGGUCCCGCAAUGCUCGCAUACAAUAGUGGAAGGAGAUACAGAAAAGGACCAGGGUGAGGUUCUCCAGUCUUCUAGUUCAAAAGUGGAAGGAAACAUGGAAAAAAGUGGACUGAUGCGUGAGGGUGCCUCCGCUGGUGACUCGGAUUCUACUGAUUCCGAUUCCUCUGAGGAGAUUGAUAGUAUACCCCACUUUCUUCCAACCGAAGAAGUCGGAGUAAGUGACAUCAGUGAGCUUACUGAAGAAAGUUCGUCUGUGCCUGCUACUAAAACCAAGACCAAGAUACAUAGUGAUGAAGAUUUUGCCACGUGGCAGAGAAUCAUCCGCCUCGAUGCUCUGCGAGCAAAUGCUGAUUGGGUAAUUUACUCUCCAUCUCAGGCAACAGUGAGUGAAAUGAAGGCAAGGCGUUUUGCUGACAGUGUGGGUUUGAAAGAUUAUGACCAUCUCGAGCCUUCUCGGAUUUUUCACGCUGCUCGUCUGGUCUCUAUCCUUGAAGCUUAUGCACUGUACGACCCAGAGAUUGGUUACUGCCAGGGGAUGAGCGAUCUGCUUUCCCCGAUUAUCUCAGUGAUGGAGGAGGAUGAUGAAGCAUUCUGGUGUUUUGUGGGGUUUAUGAAAAAGGCACGCCACAACUUUAGGCUAGACGAGGUGGGGAUCCGUAGACAGCUGAACAUUGUCUCGAAGAUCAUAAAGUGCAAGGACUCCCAUCUCUACAGCCAUCUGGAGAAGCUUCAAGCUGAGGAUUGCUUCUUUGUCUACAGAAUGGUGGUCGUGCUCUUUAGGAGAGAAUUGAACUUUGAGCAAACCUUGUGCCUCUGGGAGGUGAUGUGGGCCGAUCAGGCCGCUGUAAGGGCCGGGAUCGCCAGGUCCGCUUGGGGGAGGAUGAGGCUGCGGGCCCCACCUACUGACGAUCUGUUGCUUUACGCAAUUGCUGCUUGUGUGCUGCAGAGGAGGAAGUUGAUUAUAGAGAAGUAUAGCAGCAUGGAGGAUAUCAUGAGGGAGUGUAAUAGCAUGGCUGGUCAUUUGGAUGUGUGGAAGCUUCUGGACGACGCGCACGACUUGGUGGUCACUCUUCAGGACAAACUAGGGGCAUCGGUUUCUUGAUCCCUUUUUCCUUGUUUUCGCUGGCUUCUGUUGGUACAUUAUUCUGGUCUGACCUGUCGGGGACCUUAUUGACAUAGAACUCUCGUCUAUGGGUCGCUUUACAAGUCCAUGCGACUCGGAACGAGCACUCAGCACGACACAUAUUUCUGUAUCAGCUAAACCGUGAGGUUUUAUGUAUACUGCCCGCACUUGGUCUCAUUGAGUGAUGGUGGCAGAAUCCCCGCUUUUAAUGAACUAACACGUUCGUUUCUUA